GAAAGAGAUGAGGCUGCUGCUAACUGUGAUCUAAAAAAAAAAUCUGUCUGAAGCAGUCUUCUUUCUUGUUCUCUCCUCCAGCAAUUAAACACUACAUUACAGCCUUUUAUAGACUCUAGAAUUUUUUUGGGUUUUCUUAAAUCCGUUCUUAUCCAAGUCUCGUCAUCAAUUCCUUAGAUCUUCCAAAUCGACAAAGAAAGUCCAAAGACGGCUUUUUUUUUUCUUUUUUUUUUUUUUUAAUUUGGCAUUUCUCUGGUUUAGAAAUCUUGCAUUGGACCUCUUCAGAGGGGCGACGGACGAAAGCUUGAAGCUUUUUUGAGAUAUAAGAAAGAUUUUGAUUAGAUUAGGGGGAUUUGUAGAACAGGAUCAAAAAGGAUGAGUUUCAGGGAUGAUACGGAAGAGGGUAGGAAUGAUCUGCGGCGGCCGUUCAUACACACAGGAAGCUGGUACAGGAUGGGUUCGAGACAAUCUAGUAUGAUGGGUUCCUCUCAAGUUAUUCGUGACAGCUCCAUCUCUGUUCUUGCAUGUGUUUUGAUCGUUGCUCUUGGUCCUAUUCAAUUUGGAUUCACUUGUGGUUAUUCAUCUCCAACUCAAGCUGCAAUCACCAAGGAUCUUGGUUUAACGGUGUCUGAGUACUCUGUGUUUGGUUCUUUGUCCAAUGUGGGUGCUAUGGUUGGUGCAAUUGCCAGUGGUCAGAUCGCUGAAUACAUUGGACGAAAAGGGUCUCUGAUGAUUGCUGCAAUUCCCAAUAUUAUUGGAUGGCUUUGCAUAUCAUUUGCAAAAGAUACUUCUUUUCUUUACAUGGGAAGACUUUUAGAAGGCUUUGGCGUUGGAAUCAUCUCUUACACUGUACCUGUAUAUAUCGCUGAGAUAGCUCCACAGAACAUGAGAGGAGGGUUGGGUUCUGUUAACCAGCUUUCUGUGACAAUUGGAAUAAUGUUAGCCUAUUUACUUGGCCUCUUUGUUCCAUGGAGAAUUCUUGCAGUUUUGGGGAUAUUACCGUGCACUGUACUGAUACCAGGUCUCUUUUUCAUCCCUGAAUCCCCUCGCUGGCUGGCAAAAAUGGGUAUGACAGAUGAUUUUGAAACUUCAUUACAAGUUCUUCGAGGAUUCGAGACUGAUAUAACCGUUGAGGUUAAUGAAAUCAAGAGAUCUGUGGCGUCAUCUACAAAGCGAAAUACAGUUCGGUUUGUGGAUCUCAAGCGCAGGAGAUAUUAUUUCCCACUUUUGGUUGGUAUAGGGUUGCUUGUACUUCAACAACUCGGUGGAAUUAAUGGUGUCCUAUUCUAUUCCAGUACAAUAUUUGAAUCUGCAGGAGUUACAUCGAGUAAUGCAGCAACAUUUGGGGUCGGUGCUAUCCAGGUAGUGGCGACUGCAAUAUCAACAUGGUUGGUGGACAAAGCAGGUCGUCGGCUUCUGCUUACCAUCUCAUCGAUUGGGAUGACGAUUAGCCUUGCAAUUGUUGCAGCUGCUUUCUACGCAAAGGAAUUUGUGUCUCCUGAUUCAGACAUGUACAGUUGGCUGAGCAUCCUGUCAGUAGUUGGAGUCGUGGCAAUGGUAGUUGCUUUCUCAUUGGGAAUGGGACCAAUUCCGUGGCUUAUUAUGUCUGAGAUCCUUCCUGUAAACAUAAAGGGUUUAGCUGGAAGUAUUGCAACUCUAGCCAAUUGGUUCUUUUCUUGGUUGAUUACCAUGACUGCAAACUUGCUCUUAGCCUGGAGCAGUGGAGGAACUUUCACUCUCUACGGGUUGGUUUGUGCAUUCACAGUGGUGUUCGUGACUCUAUGGGUUCCUGAGACCAAAGGCAAAACGCUUGAAGAACUUCAAGCCUUGUUCAGAUAGGCAAAUUCAAACAAGUUAUUCUUUGUCUCCCUCCUUCUCUGUUUUGGUCAAGAACAAGAAACAAAGAAAAUGUCGAGAUUCUCCGGCUGUAUUUAUUGGGCUGAGGACGUUUCUGAGAUUUGUUUGUUUGUUGUGUGUCAAUAAUCCACAUUACCUUCUAUCACAUGUAUAUCAAACACACCCUUCAAGUAUUUGUAAUUUUGUUGAACUCUUCUCACAGAGUAAAGACUGCAAUCAGAGAGAAUUCUACUUAACAGCA